UCCAGGUGCGACAAUUUGGCCAUUCGAAAACAUUUGCUUCAACGAUGAGAUUGUGCUUCCUUGUGCUAGGCUGCGUGAUAGCAGCCAGCGCCUGGCCUGUUGACCAACUUUCGGUACGAGACCAUGGCAUUAAUGGAUGGUAUGUCCCUCAAAAGGAGGGCGGCCUGAGAUGGAUUGGCAAAGCGCAGGCGGAGCGUCAAUUGGCAUACUACGAGGCUGAGGAUACGUUGGACGGUCGUCUGUCAACCAACACGGUUAAAUUUUAUCUGCACACACUGAGCAAUCCCAGCACUGGACAGCAGAUCAAGGCCACCAAGGCAUCUAUUGAUGGCUCAUUCUUUAAUCCAAGCAACCCAACAAGAAUCACCAUUCACGGCUGGAACUCAAACUACAAGGAUGGUGUGAACACGAGGAUUGCCGAUGCCUGGUUCCAGUAUGGCGACUACAAUAUGAUUGCGGUGGACUGGCAGCGUGGUCGUUCCUUGGAGUACGCUACCUCCGUGGCUGGAGCCUCGGGAGCUGGCAAGAAAAUCGCUGCCCUUGUUGAUUUCCUGGUGCAGGAGUACGGCAUGCGCCUGGACACUCUGGAAGUGGUUGGCUUCAGUCUGGGGGCCCAUGUCGCCGGACACACCGCCAAACAAGUGACAUCCGGCAAGGUGGGCAAGGUGGUGGGCUUGGACCCGGCAUCUCCUCUUAUCAGUUACUCCAAGACCGAAAAGCGUCUGUCCAGCGAUGAUGCCGUUUAUGUAGAGUCCAUCCAGACAAAUGGAGCCAUCUUGGGUUUCUCUCAGCCAAUUGGCAAAGCUGCCUUCUACAUGAAUGGUGGUAGGUCGCAGCCCGGUUGUGGAAUCGACAUCACCGGCGGUUGCUCGCACACUCGAGCUGUUUUGUACUACGUGGAGGCGCUGCUGUGGAACAACUUCCCCGCGAAGAAGUGUGAAACCUACCAGGACGCCAAUAAGAACACCUGCGGCGAUAGUUACAGCUCCAUCUUGAUGGGUGCUGUAGUAAACGCGAUUGUGGCUGAGGGUAUUUUCUAUGUUCCCGUAAACAAGGAUUCCCCAUACGGAUAUGGAGAAAAGAAUACUGGUGGCGAAGUUACGACAGCUGCUCCAGUGGUGACUACCACUCCUGUUGAAGGUGUUUCGAGUACUGCUGCUCCAGAAGAAUCGACAACCGAGGAACCUGAAGAAGUCUCUACAACAACCAAGAAACCUGAAGAGCCAUCUACACCUGAAGAUCCUGAGGACUCGACGACAGCUGCUCCAGAGGACUCAACAACCGAAGAACCUGAAGAAGCCUCUACAACUACCAAAACUCCUAUAGUGCCAUCUACACCUGAAGAGCCCGAGGAGUCGACCAGCGUUGCUCCAGAGGAGUCUACAACCGAAGAACCUGAAGAAGACUCUACAACAACCAAACAACCAGAAGAGUCCGAGCCCGAGGAAGUAUCUACGACAACCGAAGCACCCGAAGAAGUCUCUACAACUACUGAAGAUCCCAAGGAAGAUACUUCCGAAGCACCAGAAGAGACGACUACUGCUGCUCCAGAAGACGAAGAAUCAACAACCGAAGAACCUGAUGUAAACACCACUGCCACUCCUGAGGUUCCUUCAACAACCGCAAUCCCCACUGAGCUGCCUUCAACAACUGCAGAUCCGGAGCUUCCCAUCACCACCACCUUGGCACCGGAAAAUCUACCAACGAAGCCACCCACGGAUGAUAGUGUUGUUCCUGCAGGCACAAAGAACAUCUUCAUUUUCAACGUCUUUCUGGUAAAUGUUAAGGUAGAUAAUCAUUAGCCAAACGUUUUAUUACAAAGCACGACCACUGGGUCUGAAAAAGCUUGAAAUAAAAUCAAAGCAAAAUCUGA